AUGGGGGUCGCGUCCUCCUCUCAAGUGGCUCCAGCGUGGAAGCCAAAGUUCCUGUUGGACGGCAAGCCAUUGCCCUCAACCGCUUGUGUUCGGAUGUGGGAGAAGGGCGAGGGCGGCCGUAUUGCCCAAACUUUGGCUGAAGCUCUUCUUCUUCCCGAGGACGUGCAUGCCUUUGAGGAGGGAUCCGAAGAGUCUGUAGGGCGCCGGUUAGAGUGGCACGCCAUUGCGGCCGCUCAAAUGGCUCACAUUGUGGCUGCCCGGGCACAGGAUCUUGCCGAGGAGAACGAGCGCGAGAAGGAGGCGCGGGAGUCAACGGUGAAAACGGCUAAGGAAAAGCUGAAAGCUGCUGAGUCUGCUGAGAAAAAGGCUACUGCUGCGGAGAAGAACUGGGCAUUGGCCGAAAAGAGGUAUGCGGAGCUCCUGACCAAGCAGAAUGAGACGGAGGUCAAGUUAGCCGAAGCCAUCAGCCUUAACACUUCCAACGCCGAGGAGAUAGCCGACCUCAGGGCAGGCUUGGCGGCCGCGGAGCAAAAGUGGUACGACGUAGGUUUCGCUGAUGCCGAAAAUUCUGCAGAGCCGGUGGUGGCUCGUGCUCGGAAUAUGGGUUUUGAGGCAGAGUGGUUUGCCGCUCUCCAAGCAAUGGGAGUUCCCGAGGAUUCGCAUUUGAGAGACCCGGCCAAAUUCCAUUUCCGAGCCCUGUUCCUGCCGCCCAGGAUGCCCCAGAUACUAUUGACGAGGGGGAGACGGCCAGUAUAAGGGAGCUGGUUUAACAAAUCGAUGCUCACGCCGAGCCUGAGGAAAUGGAAGCCACCAGCAUCCCCACUGUGCAGGAGCUUUUCGGUGAGGACCCGCCUUUCCCCCUGACUGUCUAGCAGGA